GCUUGGAGCCGGAGCCUCUGAGGUAGCCAGAGUACUGGCGGAAAGACGGCUGCUUGGUCAGCCCUGGCAGGUACUGGAUCUCGUCCUGGUCGGGGGCUGCCUCGCUUCGGGGCGCCCAGGAGAGCAGCAGCAGCAGGAGGAAUGGCGGCGACAGCGCGGCUCGGACCAUCUGCGGCAGGAAGCGGGUGCCGGCUGUUUACUCGCUCGCUAGCUGCUCAGCCGCCCCUGGGGAAGAGCUGGCGGCUCAUCAGCGAGGGAAGCCCAGGCCCAGUCCCAGCUCCCACCCGCUGAGCUUCCUCCGCCGCGCCGCGCCGCGCCCCGCCCCGGGGGCUCCUGGAUCCCUUCCAACCUCCGGGAUCUCUUCCAGCCUCCGGAGUCCCCUCACCUCUGCUGCCUCGCGUCCUUGCUCUCCCGGAGGUGGCCCGCGACGGGAAGUCAUGUGUACUCCGAGUCACGUGUGCUCCAGCGUCACGUGACAGUCUUCCUCCUGCCCAUCCCGCCCCCACGUCCUCGAGCACCCGGAAGACGGAGGGGGCGGUGGCGGCGGCGGUCAAACAAGGUGAAGGUCCGUAGGCCUCGCAGGUCGUAUCCCGGGCGCCGGCGGUCAGAUGACCCAGGUGUGGAUGGCCAGAAUCCCCCAGCCUCCCGGGGACUCCGUUCUAAGCGGGAUGGCUGAGCCAGCGGCGCUAGGACCCCUGGGCAGAGCCUCGGGGAAGGGAGUCAGGGGGGAAGUACCUUACAUGGUGGUCACCAUCUGAGCCCGCUGCCCAAAAUAGCCCCCGGCGCCCGCUGGCCUGCCUCAUGGCUGCUGCCUCCGACCCCGUGGAAUUGGGUGCGCCCUGGGGCCCCGCGCGCCCCGAGCCCCCUCCCACCCGCUUCCACCCGGUACACGGUGCCAACAUCCGCGUGGACCCCUCCGGGACGCGGGCCACACGCGUGGAGAGCUUCGCCCACGGCGUGUGCUUCAGUCGCGAGCCGCUGGCCCCCGGCCAGGUGUUCCUGGUGGAGAUCGAGGAGAAAGAGCUGGGCUGGUGCGGGCACCUGCGCCUCGGCCUGACUGCGCUGGACCCCGCCAGUCUGGCCGCCGUGCCCGAGUUUUCGCUGCCCGACCUGGUCAGCCUCGGCCACACCUGGGUCUUCGCCAUCACGCGCCAUCACAACCGCGUGCCCCGGGAGGGCCGCCCGGAGGCGGAGGCGCUGGCCCCCAGCUGCCCCCCAGCCCUCCUGGUGGAACCGCAUCUGUGCAUUGAGCAGUUUCGCAUUCCCCGCGACCGCCUGGUGGGCCGCAGCCGUCCCGGGCUGUACAGCCACCUCUUGGACCAGCUCUAUGAGCUGAACAUGCUGCCUCCGACUGCACGUCGGAGCCGCCUGGGCGUUCUCUUCUGCCCGCGCCCCGACGGCACGGCUGACAUGCAUAUCGUCAUCAACGGCGAGGACAUGGGCCCCAGCGCCCGGGGGCUGCCAGCCGCCCAGCCCCUCUACGCGGUGGUGGACGUCUUCGCCUCCACCAAGAGCGUGCGCCUGGUCCAGGUCGAGUAUGGCUUGCCGUCCCUGCAGACCCUGUGCCGCCUAGUGAUCCAGAGGAGUGUGGUGCACCGGCUGGCCAUUGACGGGCUCCACCUGCCCAAAGGACUUAAGGAUUUCUGCAAGUAUGAGUGAAGGCCUGCAGCCACCCUGGAGCAGGGCCACGUGAAUGCAUCCUGGCCCCAGAGGUGUGGCUGCCCUGAAGCUGGCCAUACUGAUACUAGCCAGGAUGGAAAUAAACACAGUCGUUGCUGAUGCUGAUCCUUGGAGGGUCUCCUUGCCCCUGAAGCCUGUGAGGGGCACUUCUUUUAGAAUCACUGGGGGUCAGCAGGGUAGACGAGAGAAUGAGAGCAUUUUGACAUCACCUAGACCAGUGGUUCCUAGCCUGGCUACUCAUUAUCUGGGAUACUUAGAUUGCUGGUGCCCCAGAUGCCAUCUCUGGAGAUUCUCAUUUGAUUUGUCAAAGGAUGAGGGCUAGACAUUGUUUUUGUAAAAGCUCCCCUAGAGAUUCUAAGGUGCAGCCAGGAUUGAGAAGCAUUUCCCUAGAACAGAGGUCUCAGGUUUGGCACAUGUUAUAACCACUUGAGGAACUUUGAAAAAAUACUGCUCACUGGGAUUAUGAUUUAAUUGACCCUGGGAUAAGUCUGGGCAUCAGGAUUUCUAAAAGCUUCCAAGAGCAUCUAAUGUGCAGCUCGGGAUGAGAACCAGUGCCCUAGACCAAGUACUUCAUUUCACAGAUGGGAACCUGAAGCCCAGAGAUGGGAAUGUAUUUGUCCAAGGUCACACAGCAAAUGAAUGAAUGCAGAGUAUUCCUUCUCUCACCCUACAGGGCACAAAGCAUCAGACUCCUUGAAUUGUAUCGCUGAUCAUUUGCUUCCAUACAAAUGAUCUUACUUGACCCUCAUAACUUCUGGUGAGGUAGUGGGCAGUCAUUACCCGCAUCUUACAGCUGAGGAUGUCAAGGAACAAAACUGUCCAGGUGACUUGCCCAAGGUAAAGGCAAGAACCUAGAAUGCCCAGUUCCUGGUCCAGUGCUCUUUUAAUCCCAUCCAUUGUCAUGUACACGUUCUAGAAUGAACAGGUCAAUGCCGUGAGCUGGGUUCCAGGUGUAAAAGGGAGGGACUAUGAGGUGACAUUCUAGAAGGGCGGAGAGGGUAGGACAGAAGGCAGAUGCCUGAUCCCUCACAAACAGGGGCUUCAGAGCAGCCAUGUCCUAUUUCAUGUCUCCACAAACUCAUCCAGGUCUUCCGCCUUCCGGCCAAGGUGAGGCGGGGCUCCUGGAACUGGAGGGUGUACUACAACUUCCCCUGAGAACCUGCUUCCUGGCUCUGGGGAGGUGGAGGUUCUGCUGGGCAUUUUUGGGCUGGACCUGGAGUCAAUUCUCUUGGAAGAAAGCUAUUCCAGAAGUCCUUGCCAAUAGCUACCCACUUGCUCAUUCAUUCAUUCAGCAAACACUUCUCCAUCACCUGUCUGCAUUAGAGACUGACUGGGGCUGUGGCUAUGAGUAAAACCUAAUUCCCAACCACUGGACAGCCCUCUUGGGCUGGUCUUAAUUGCCCCUGAUCCCAGAGCUCUGCUCCUAUGCCCUGCCCCUCAGGGCCUCCUCCACAAAGAGACCAAGAAUAACAUUCCAUCCCAUUCCUGUCUCUGCAGGUGGGGCUGCUUCUCUGGGCUCAUCCC